AUGCCUCAGCGGUUGGUGGGCAUCCAGGAACAUACACAUCAACCGAUACAAGGUGAUGUAUUUAUUGCUCUUAAAGGGAAGAACUUUGAUGCGCAUGAUUUUUUACAUGAAACAUUUUUAAACGUAAUCGAAGGUAAAUAUAGAAAUCUUCCUCUACUUGUUGUGCAAGAUACUCUCAAAGCUUUGCAUGAUAUGGCAUCAUAUUACAUUAGAAGUGUUCUUGUUAGUGCUAAAGUUAUUGCAAUCACAGGUAGUGUCGGGAAAACUACUACAAAGGACAUGCUGUACACUGUUUUAUCAUUAUAUGGAGUGUCUCAUGUAAAUGAAGGGAACUUGAAUAAUAAUACAGGAUCUUUGACAGUUCUGAAAGCUCCGGAAAGUUGCCAGUACUUAAUUCUUGAAAUGGGAAUGAAUAAAGCUGGUGAAAUCAAAGAAUUAUCUAAGAUUAGUAAUCCUGAUAUCGCGGUUAUCACCAACGUAGAACCUUCACAUGUUGAAAAAUUUUCGUCGCUACUUGAUAUUGCACAAGCAAAAUUGGAAGUUCUGUAUGGCAUGAAAAAUAACGGCACUUUGGUUUUGAACAGAGAUAAUAAAUAUCGUGACUAUCUCUCAUCACAUGCCAAUAGAGAUGUAAUAAGUUUUGGUAAAGAUAAAAGUGCUACUGUUCAUUUAUUAGACCUAAUAAGAAACGAUGGCGGGCUGAAUUUAAAAAUUAGACUGAAUAAUAAUCUGAUCAUAGACUGUAGUUUAUCUGCGCAAGGCGAACAUUUUGCAUACUCUGUGUUGGCUGUUGCAGCAGUUGUACAAAGACUCGGACUUGAUUUAUCGAAAUUACCACUUGCACUUGAAAAUUUUAGUGUAACCAAAGGCAGAGGUAGUGUUCACAAAGCUAAAUACAAUGGGAAGAACGUAUAUUUGAUUGAUGAUUCUUAUAACGCCAAUCCUGCUUCAAUGAAAGCUGCAAUAAGAACUUUAGGUACAUAUUCUAAUCGGAGAAAAGUAGCAUUACUCGGCAAUAUGCUAGAGCUUGGUAAUGAAAGCGUAAUAUUUCAUACAAAGUUGCUUGAUUUUAUCGUAGAAUGUGAUGUGAGUAAAGUUUAUACGGUCGGUAAAUUUAUGUUAGAAUUGCACAGGCUUUUGCCAAGCAAUAUGAAAGGUGCGCAUUUUAAUGACUCCAAUCAAUUGAAAAGUGAUUUAGCUAAUAUUGUUCAGAAUAAUGAUGUAAUUCUAGUUAAAGGCUCACGUGGAAUGAAAAUGGAUCUUAUAGUACAGAGACUCAUAAUGGAAUAUUAA